GCGUUGUCUGUGUAACGCGUGUCGGAUUUCGCGCGCAAUUCAGCGGACCCACGAUAGCAUAUUACAAUAAAUUAUUGACAUAAUUCCGCUUCUAUAUUGUGUUGUUUUGCGUGUGUUGACUGCUGUUUAAGUGAUAAUUGUGUUUGCGGUUGUUGGCGUUUCGAUAAGAUAAUGGAAUCGUGGUGAAAGUGGUGGUGGGUGCGUGGUGAACAGCAUCGAGCAUCAUGACCAAGCGCUUCGAGUUCAACUGGCAGAUCCCCGUUCCUGAACCGUUAUUACAAGGCGCUGUGUUCGACCGAUGGACGGAAGAGAAAGAUAAUACGGAACUAGAAAAGGACUGUCUAUUCAAGGUUGAUGAAUAUGGCUUCUUCAUAUAUUGGAAGAGUGAGGGAAAGGAUGGAGACGUGAUAGAACUAUGUCAAGUGAGCGACGUGAGGUCGGGGGGAGUGCCGAAGGAUACAAAACUAAACGACAAACUGGUGACAAAACAUGGCGACCAAUUGGAGGAGAAAUCGCUCACGAUAUGCAGUGGGACAGAUUAUAUAAACAUCAAUUAUCAGCACGUUGUGUGUCCUGACGCAAACACCGCUAAGGUUUGGUUGGAGGGUCUGAGAAAGAUCACUCACAACGUGAAGGCUAACAACGUGUGUCCCAUGACGUGUCUCAAAAAACAUUGGAUGCGCCUCAGUUUCCUCACGGAUCCAAAAGGCAAGGUCCCCGUGAAGGUGGUAGCUAGAACGUUUGCGUCAGGCAAAACAGAGAAGCUGGUGUACCAAUGUCUAUCCGAACUCGGCCUCCCCUCGGGGAAGAACGAGUCGAUGGAAAAGGAAGCUUUCACAUUUGACAAGUUCUACGCUCUGUACCACAAGAUCUGCCCCAGGAACGAUAUCGAGGAGCUGUUUAGGACUGUCACACAGGGAAAAUCGGACCGCAUUAAUUUGGAGCAAUUCGUUAACUUUCUGAACGAAAAGCAGCGCGAUCCCCGCCUCAACGAAAUCCUUUACCCACUGUACGAUGACAAGCGAGCCGUGGAAAUUAUCGAUACAUAUGAACAGAAUGAGGAAGCGAAAACAGCUAAGUGCCUAACCAAGGAUGGGUUAAUUCGCUACCUCAUGUCAGACGAGAACGCACCAGUGUUUCUAGACAGACUAGACUUCUAUAUGGACAUGGACCAACCCUUAUCCCACUAUUACAUAAACUCCUCCCAUAAUACGUACUUAUCUGGAAGACAGUUUGGCGGCAAGAGCUCUGUAGAAAUGUAUAGACAAGUGCUUUUAGCUGGAUGUCGGUGUGUAGAACUCGACUGCUGGGACGGUAAAGGUGAAGAUGAAGAACCAAUCAUCACCCACGGCAUGGCGAUGUGCACCGAUAUCCUAUUCAAGGACGUCAUCUAUGCCCUAAGGGAUACAGCCUUUGUUACCUCAGACUAUCCCGUCAUAUUGUCCUUUGAAAACCACUGCUGUAAGGCCCAGCAAUAUAAAUUAGCCAAGUAUUGUGAUGAAAUCCUGGGAGAUCUGCUGCUGAAGGAACCUUUGGCAGAUUAUCCGUUGGAGCCAGGCCAGCCUCUCCCGCCACCUUCUGCCCUAAAGCGCAAGAUUAUGAUCAAGAACAAAAGAUUAAAGUCAGAAGUAGAGAAGCAAGAGUUGGAGCUGUUCCGUCAGGGUCAGUUCGUUAUUGAGGACGAGGUUAAGGAAGAUGCAUCAGCUGUCGCUUUGCCUGCUGAUAAGAAGCCAGAAGAGAUAGUAGCAGAAGCAGCCACAGCGGGAGAAGACGCCCCACCCCCAGUGCAGUACACCGGCUCCACCACCAACGUGCACCCCUGGCUCUCCUCCAUGGUCAACUACGCGCAGCCCAUCAAGUUCAUUAGCUUCGAGGAGGCGGAGAAACGCAACAUCCACCACAACAUGUCGUCGUUCGCUGAAACCACCGGAAUGAACUACCUGAAGAGUCAGGCCAUUGACUUCGUCAAUUACAACAAGAGGCAGAUGUCGCGAAUUUAUCCCAAGGGCACUAGAGCUGACUCGUCCAAUUAUAUGCCCCAAGUGUUUUGGAACGCGGGCUGCCAGAUGGUGUCGCUGAACUUCCAGACGUCGGACCUGCCGAUGCAGCUGAACCAGGGCAAGUUCGAGUACAACGGCAACUGCGGCUACCUGCUGAAGCCCGACUUCAUGCGGCGCGCCGACCGCAGCUUCGACCCGUUCGCCGACGCGCCCGUGGACGGCGUCAUCGCCGCGCAGUGCGCGGUGCAGGUGAUAGCGGGGCAGUUUCUGUCGGACAAGAAGGUGGGCACGUACGUGGAGGUGGACAUGUAUGGCCUGCCCUCGGACACCAUCCGCAAGGAGUUCCGCACCCGGAUGGUGCCGGCCAACGGGCUCAACCCUGUCUAUAAUGAGGAGCCCUUCUUGUUUAGGAAGGUGGUGCUGCCCGACCUGGCCGUGCUGCGGUUCGGCGUGUACGACGAGAACGGCAAGCUGCUGGGGCAGCGCAUCCUGCCGCUGGACGGGCUGCAGGCGGGCUACCGGCACAUCUCGCUGCGCACGGAGGCCAACUUCCCCAUGUCGCUGCCCAUGCUCUUCUGCAACAUCGAGCUCAAGAUAUACGUGCCCGACGGCUUCGAAGACUUCAUGGCGGCGCUGUCGGACCCCAGAGCCUUCAUGGGAGCUGCGAAGGAGCGGACCGACAACAUGAAGGCCAUGGGCAUCGAGGAGAGCGGCCCGGAGAAGAAGGCGCAGGAGGAGGUCAAGAAAGAGGAGCCCCUAGUCUUUGAGCCCAUCACGGUGGAGUCUCUUCGCCAAGACAAGGGCUUCCUGAAGACUGGGAAGAAACAACAGAAGGAUUUAGAAGCGAUGCGCAAGCGCCACGCUAAGGAGAAGAUGCUGCUGCAGAAACAGCAGUGCGCCGCUUUAGAGAAGAUGAUUAAGGGGAAGAACAAGGAGCAGCUGAGCGGCGACGCGGCGUUCCGCGCGCUGGUGGCGGAGCAGGCGGGCGCGUGGGGCGAGCUGGCGGCGCGCCACCGCCGCGAGGAGUGCGCCGCGGCGCGCGCGCGCCUGCACGACCAGCGCGACCUGCUGCGCCGCAUGAUGGAGCAGACGCAGCUCGCGCAGAUGAAGCAGCUCGAGGCCAAGCACGACAGGGAGUUAAAAGAAAUGAACACCCGUCAGGCCAAGAUAAGCGUGGAGACCAGCAAGGAAGUGGCCAACGACAAGACGUUGAAGACCAAACAGGAGAAAGACCGACGCUUGCGUGAGAAAAAGCAGAACAACACCAAGAAGUUCAUGGAUGAGAGAAAGACCCAAACAAUCAAACAGAACCGUGAAAAAGAGAAGCUUAAAGCGACCCAUGACAAGCAAGUGGAGGAACUAUCCAAGGAUAUUGACAAUUUGAUCGAGAUGUACAAAAUGGAGGAAUCCGAAUUCGACAUGGCGAGCAAAGCGGAGUUCUUUGCAUGAAAGUAUCCCGACAUUGCUCCGCUGAUCGAGCAAAUGACUUGACAAGUGACAAGUGCUCUUGUGUAAUCUGUGCGCUCACGUUAUCUGUGCUCGUUGUUUGAAUUUGGAAUUCAGUAGUUCGUUUCGUAAUAAUAAACCUUUCCUGCGUUUCAUGCUAUUUCAGAAAAUCAUUCAAAUUUCGAAUUUGGAAUGCAGUAGUAAACCGUUUUAGUCGUUGUUCGAUAGCCAUUUUAAUGUCAAAUUAGGAAUAUAUUUAGCUACAUCAUAGACCAUUUUUAAAUCAAUGAAAAGGGUACUAUUUGAACUCGGCUCAUUUCAUUGAACCUUAUAUUAUAUUUAUAAAUUUGGUCGAAUUUUAAGUUAUUUUCUCAAUAACCAUUUUAACCUGUUGUAUAAUAAGGUCUAAUUUCAAUUAAAAUAUAUUCUUUUGUGAAUUGUUCAUUUACAAACAAAAUCACUUUAAAAAAUUAAAUAAUAUCAGACAUAUAUAAUUUAUAAUUGCUAAAAUUUAUUAUUGUUCCAAAGAAGUCCUUCACUUCAGUUCCUUACCUUGUGUAUGGGCUAUAUACAAGAAAAAAAAAUAUUUCUAAGUCUAUGCUUUUAAUUAAAUAAUUGUGAAAUAGUAUUUAAAAAAAACAUAUUAUCUUAUAUCUUAUACUGUGAAGUUUAAGUAGGAACAAUGUUUUCGAAAUUUUAUAAAUUAAAUACUUAUACGUGUAAAUAUCCAUUAAAGUAUUGUCUUGUUUUAAUGGGAUUUCUGGGCUUUUCUAUCCCAACAGUAGUCUAGUAAUGUUUAAUAUUUAGUAGGAAGCUAACUUCAACUUCUAAGUUGUAUCUUGCUAGGUAAGCACUGUAUCAAUUAGAUCAAAUAAUUUUUAUUUAUUUAUUAUAUAAUAAUUGUUAUAUUUCAUUAAAAUAUUAAAAUAAGCCUUAAAUUAUAAAAAAAUAUGUUCCUUGUCUCAACUGUCAAUAGUUUUAAGGGUUUUGUAAUCGAAGGUAGCUUAAAAGAAAAUUGUAAGUACUGUAGAGGUAAAAAUUUUACAAAAAUUUAAAUAAAAAAAAUAUAUACCUAUGACUUACUAGUAUCUCUAUUUAUCAUAAAUUGACAUUAUCAUUUAGUAUUUCUCAAUUUUUAAAGUUGUAUUAUACAGUUCAUUAUGGUUUUGAAUUUUUUAAAUACUUUAAGUCAAUUAAAUAUUUCAAACAUAUGAAUCUCCGCGUUGAAUUCUAAAUGUAUUUUAAUGUGUAAAUAACUUUAAUUAUAAUAUUUAAAUAAGAUGCUAUGCGAUUUAACUAAGAAUAGGAUGGGUUCGGCGCCAUUUCGUGACGUCAUAAUAUGUUCAUUCAAAGUAAUGAAAUAAAAAAUAAAGUUUGUGUUUAAAUUUAGUCCAAGAAAGAGGCAAAGUAAAUAAACCAUUAUUAAAAUGGAAAAAGGAUUUCUAAGUAAAUCAUAUUAUUGACAUUUGAUAUAUUAACACAUGAAGGGACUUUCCUUUUAGUUAAAUCGCAUGGUAUAAUUUACUAUGAAUUUAAUUAUUAUGAUAUAAGAUUAUAUUUUAUUAAAUCAUUUGAAAUUUUAUUAGUAGAGAUAAUAUAUUCUAUAUUACGUCGAAUAUUUUAUAAAAUAUUAAAAUUUGAUUGUAAUAAUUCAUGAAUUAAAUGAAUGUCUCCUAGAUAAACCUAUAAUGUGUUAAAAACUAUAAUUAGAGAUUAGUGAAUCAUGUUUGAUAACUUUGUACCAUUCAUAGUUUAUUUACUUAUCUAAGUCUUAGAAAAACAUAUAAGCUCAUCCAUAAAUUACGUCACAUGUUAGGGGGGUGGGGUGUCACCGAAAUGUGACAUAGUGUGACAAUAGCCGGGGAGCAGGGGGGGGGGACUUUUGUAACAUGGUAAGAUUUUAAAAGUGACAACACUUAAAAUUAGCGAACUUGAUAUAACAACCAAAACUUCAUUUUCGCUAAGAUUUUUUUGAAAUAACUGCUUGAAAUUGAAAAUGUGUGACGUCACAUCAUGGGCUACUGAAAAUGUGACAGCCUGUGACAAGGACAGGAAAGGGGUAGAAAAAACCUCAAACUCGUGUGACAAGUCAUUGACAGCCUCUAAGAGUGUUUUUUAAUCACUAUAUUCGUUUUAUUGUAGCUAGGAUUUUUCAUUACGUAGAAUAAACAAAAAUAUAGGAAGAUAAAUAAUUCAUAUAUUAGGAACUGGAUAAUUGUUGCUAGAUAAAAAAAAAAACUACUCCUUUAGUGAAUAUAUUUU